AUGACUUCAAUUUGUUAUUAUAAAGUGUUAGGUUUAACUAAAACAGCUACAGAUGAAGAAGUACGUCGUGCAUAUCGUCGUUUAGCACUUAAAUGGCAUCCAGAUAAAAAUCCAACAAAUUUAGAAGAAGCAGAAAAAAAAUUUAAAGAAAUAAGUGCAGCUUAUGAAGUUUUAUCUGAUCCACAAAAACGUUCUGUCUAUGAUUGUCAUGGUAGAGAUGGUUUAAAUCGUACACAUGUUAAAACAUCUAAAUCAACAAGACCACCUAGUGGACGACGUCGACAUACAGCAUCAGGAACAUUUUUGACAGAUGAUAUAUUUGAUUCAAGUGACUUCUUUCCAUUUAAUGAUUUCGGUUUUACAUUUCGAGAUCCUGAAGAAGUAUUCCGUGAAUUUUUCAGUAAACAUAUGGAUAUGAUGAAUGCAUUUAUGGAUACAGCUGGUCUAUUUAGAUCACAUAGUCAUUUACAUGAUAUAUUUAAUAAUGAUCAUCAUUUCAAUGUAUUACCUAGUCGUCAUUUACAUCAUACAACUAGUUGUAAAUCAACUAAUGAACAUCAACCACGGUUUCAUCAUGUUGAACGUGUACGUAAAACUAGUUUACCACAAACUGUACCAGUACGUAGUUUAUCUACAAAAACAUCAUAUAGUUUUAAUUUUGGUAGUUCUAGUCGUCCUGGUCAUCCACCAAUAAGAAAAGAAACAUUUCGAUCAACUUCAACUAAAAUUGAAAAUGGUAAAUGUGUAACAACACGUAAAAUAGUACAAGAUGGUAUAGAAACAAUUGAAGUUGAAGAAAAUGGUAUAUUAAAAAUGAAAACAAUCAAUGGUCAACCGGUUGCUAUUGCUAAUGGUUAAUUAUGUAUAUUUAUUAUUUAUAUAAAAACACUAUUCUUUUCUACAAUAAAAUGAUUUUAAGAAAUGUGUAUACAUCCAUUUGUUUCAUAAUGAUAAUAAUAAUAGUAAUGAUUAUUAUUAUUAGUAGUAGUAGUAAUAGUAAUAAUAGUAUUAGCAGUCGUAAUAUAAUUUUUAUUAUAUUUUCUUUCUGCAUAUGUAUUUAAAUAAUUCUUUCUAACUAGAAAAUACUGUGAAUUUACUAUUCAAUGUUCAAUAUUUUAACGUUCGAUACAUAUGUCUUAAUUAAGUCACGAACCUUUCAGUUUACACUUGUUUUCUUCAGAGCGGAUUCGAGAUCUUCAGAGAUUUCUUUUCUUUUUCUUUUUGUUUUGGACAAUUCAAGAAAUUGACUACAUGCAAACAGUUUUUUGUUUACUAUCUGUUUGUUCUAGCCAAUUGUACGACUAUAUUUUCACAAGUUGAAUAUUCUCUCUUCUGAGACGCUUUUCACUUAUCGUUCGGAUUUUCUUUUUCGCUGUUUGCUACUUCCUUAAAUGUUUAUAAAAUCGGAAUGUUUUCGAAUUCUUUCAUCUUUUUUUAUUUCUCUAUUUUUUUUCUCUUUAUAUGUACUCAUUAUUUUCGAAAUGAAUUUUGAUGGAGUUUUGUUCUCUGAGCUCAUAGAACAAAACUCCAUCGGCAUCAUCCACCUGAGCUAUAAAUCUUCUCCACAAUCUAGAAAUGAAGUUCUCCAAUUAUUAUUGUUAACAUCUUUCCUAAAUUAGUUUCGAAAUUUUCUUUUCUUAUAUUUGUAUGCCUGUAUUUCCAGUCUGCUGUGAUUUAUUGUUUUUAUUGAUCUUUUUGUGCUGUAUUAUUAUUUACCUAUUCAUAUAUUCUAUUUACAAUCAUCGACUAGUGAUGAUAGAUAAAAAGAACUAUUUUGGGUGUAAAACAUGUGGAUAUAUGUAUAGACUUUUUUCAUAUUGUGAUUAGAACGAUAUUGAUAUAUAUGUGUAUAUGCACCGGUUGAUAUGAUUACUGGCACUAGUAUACAAAUACAAAAACACAUUUAACCAUAAAUAAUACGUCAAUAAGAGGUUUACACAUCAAUGAAAUUACUUUCCCUAAUCCAUUUUCAUUUUAUUACUGAGAUUAAAUCAGUGUAAUCAAUAUUAGAUAUUUAUUUUACAAAUGCAAAUACUUUUAAAACAAAAAUGUACAAUAUUGUUUCACUACUAUACACAGUGCAUCAUUGAAACAGCACACUAAAUAAUACUAUAUAUAAAGAUAAUAUAAAGUGUGUGGUAUAUAAUAGUCGAACAGUGCAACACACCUAUUUCCAUAUUCGUAUGUAUACAAAUCUGUAUGCAAACACGUAUUUGUGUGUGUGUGUAUUUGAUGCUUUUCACUAACGAAAAUAUUAUUUUAUUUCGAAUCAUAAAUAUAUAUAAUAAUGGUGUAAAGUUUGUGAUUAUUCCUAUGAACUAAUUCUCUUCUUUUAAAACGAUGUGGGAUGUUUGGUAUAAGUAGUUUGUAUUUACUGAUUAAGACUAGGCAUUAAGCUUUAUCCUCCGUUUCUGUAAAUCUAAAUUAUUUACGUUAAGCACGUUCUACGGUUUAGAUUGUAUACUAAACUGUUAUGUAAUUUCCUCAUGAUAAAUUUCAGGUUUCCCUUGUGUGUGUUGAGUUCUAUUGAUGGAGAGGGUGCUGCUGCACUAGAUGUCUUCAUCUGUAUUUGUUCGUG